CAUAAGCUUUGGCUCUUUUGUCUGAAGCCGCAUUUGGAAUUCUCUUUUGGUUACCUGCAGCACGAAUCGGGCGAGGGACGUGGCCUCUCUGCGAUAGUGCGAUUCUUGUGUUCAUUUCGUGGACUGCAACAUCUGCAUCUGAAGUUAUCCAACUUCCCGGCAUCAAAAUCCGACAUCCAGGACGCAAUCCGACACCACCAGUCUACGUUGGAAAGCCUUGUCUGUCAUGAGCGCCAACUCGCUCCUAUCGACGCUGAUGGCUUGUUUCAAGAUGAUCGGGAUGUGUCGCCCGCAUGGAUAACAAACCUGUCUCCCAUCGUAGACCUUGGCCAGCUGUCUGCUCUGGCGCUGUGUGCUAGUCCAUCUGUGGCUCGGCGGUGCCAUCAACCUAUGGCGAAGCAAUCCCAGCUCCAGAUCUUACAUCUGCGGUUCAGCGGCCUCGAACGAAUCCACCAAGACAUCCCACGAGAGAUUACCACCUUUCCCCAUGAGAUGCGCAAAGAGUAUUCUCGGCGUCCUCGUUCGUGGCCGGGUUCCAUGGACUGGAAUGCCUCCAUUGAUGACAACUACGAUCUCAGUUUCGAUGAAUACUUUGAUAGGCCACGACUCGAGUAUCUAGACCCGCAGGAGGCAGUCCCUGCGUCUUCUGCAGCGAUUGCAGAGGCCGAGGAUUUUGUGUCAUUUGCUGACUGGGCAUUUGGCCCCGACGGACUGCCAGCUCUGGACCAGCAGUUUUUGAUACGUCGUAACUGUUCUUCAUGCGAGUGUGGUGGCAAGGGACGUGCUGGCCUUGCAUGCGAUGACACGACGCGGUUGCCUUUUCGUGUGGCAAAUAUGAAGGACCCUUCCAUUUGGGACGGUGCUGUGGUGGACGGAGCUCGUUUACUCUCCGCGUGCCCCGGAGGCGGGCUGAUGGAGUCACCGUACGAGUUGUAG